ACUAAAAAGGCCAUGAAUGUGAUUCUUGGUGACCUGCGGGCCAACGACUACUUCAACAUCAUCUCCUUUUCUGACACGGUUAGUGUCUGGAAAGCUGGAGGCUCCAUCCAGGCCACCAUCCAGAAUGUACACAAUGCCAAGGACUACCUGGGUCACUUGGAAGCUGAUGGUUGGACCGACAUCAACACAGCUCUGCUGGCAGCUGCUUCAGUGCUGAACCAGAGCAACCAGGAGCCUGGGAGGGGCUCCAGUGUGGGGAGGAUCCCUCUCAUCAUCUUCCUGACAGAUGGGGAGCCCACAGCCGGCGUGACGACUCCCAGUGUGAUCCUCUCCAAUGUCCGUCAGGCACUGGACAACAGGGUGUCCCUUUUCAGCUUGGCCUUUGGGGAUGAUGCUGACUUUCCACUGCUACGUCGCCUGUCCCUGGAGAAUCGAGGAGCAGCCCGGCGCAUAUACGAAGACACUGAUGCAGCUCUACAGCUACAGGGCCUCUAUGAGGAGAUCUCCAUGCCUCUGCUGGCAGAUGUGCGUCUCGACUACCUGGGCGGCUUGGUUGGGGCCUCCCCUUGGGCCCUUUUCCCCAACUACUUUGGUGGCUCAGAGCUGGUGGUAGCAGGCCUGGUGCAGCCAGGUGAGCAAGAACUGGGCAUCCACCUGGCAGCCCGUGGCCCCAAAGGCCAGCUUCUCGUGGCCCGCCAUAGUGAGGUGGCCACCAACAAUAGCCAGAAGGCCUUUGGUUGUCCAGGUGAACCAGCCCCCAAUGUAGCCCACUUCAUCCGACGCCUCUGGGCCUAUGUCACCAUUAGAGAACUCCUGGAGGCACGCUUCUUAGCCCGUGACACCACCACUCGACACCUGUUGGCUGCCAAAGUCCUCAAUCUGUCCCUUGAAUACAACUUUGUCACACCUCUGACUUCACUGGUCAUGGUGCAGCCCAAGGAAGCCAGUGAGAAAGCCAGGAGACAGACUUCCACCACAGCUGGACCAAGUACCAUCAUGCCUUCAUCCACCAGCAGGCAUGGCCUAGGGGCAGGCACAGCCCGGCCUGCCUUGGUGCCCAAGGUCUCUCCCAAAUCAAGGCUCGCAAACCCAAAGUUCUACUUAUCCUCUACUACUCCUGCCUCUACAAAGAAGAUGACCAGUUCCAGGGAAUUAGAGCCACUGGGUCAGAGCCCUAGUACCCUAUCCACCCCAGCACACCCAAGGACCAAAAUUCCAGGAAAACACGAUUCUGGCACCAUGGCUAAGCCAACUCUCAGGACAAAACCUGCUGCCCUUGUGCCUUCAAAUUCUGGUGCCUUAUUGCUUCUGAAGCCCAGCACCCCAUCUCACCAAAAUCCUGGGACCCUAUUACCUAUAAUUUCCGAGACACAAGUCCCACCUUUGAAUUCUGGCUCCCUACUCCAGUCCAAAGUUGGCACUAUGAAACAUGUCACUCCACUGCAUUCCAAACCUGGCACUCCAUCACAACCUAAACUGAAUGCCACGUCACAUCCCCAGCCUGGGGUACUCACAUCACAGUCACCUAAAAAUCUGCCACAGCCCAAGCCUGGAGUCGCCACACUUCAGAUCCCCAAAUACCCACCACACACCAGACCAAGGGUUCCUGUUCCCAAGAUCCCAAACAGCCUGUCGCACCCUAGACCUGGAAUCCUCUUACCCAAGACCCAUAAAGUCCCAUCACCUCUUAAACCUAGUGUCUCACCUCAUCAAACUUCCCCAAGCUUAUCAUUUUCUAAAGCUAGCAUACCAGUCCCCAAUAAACCCAAAACGCCAUUACCCUUCAGGCCUGCCAGACCCAGGCCCCCACCUCCUCGGAGCCUAAGCACAGUCCCAAGCACAAUCUCAAAUCCCACAAGUCCCAAUAGUAACAUGACUGCCUCUGUCCUUGGAGAACCCCUCCCUACCCCCUUUCUUCCCACCCUGCCCUCUCUGCUGCCCCCUGGAAGGCUCUGGCAUCGGCAUGACCUGCUGUCAGUGCCCCAAAGCACAAAGGAAAUUCUGGGACAGUCUGUGUCAGGAGUCUCAACAAUAGGUCUACCCAACAGCUCCAGGCCUAUGCCAGAAGGCAGCCCCCCAAACCUGCCAGUCUUGCUGCCUUCUAGCACCCUCCCCGAGGCAGUCAGCCUGCUCAUUGUCCCUGAGGAGCUAGAGCUGCUGUCUGAAUCAAUGGUGGAGUCCAAGUUUGUGGAGUCCUUGAACCCACCGGCUUUCUAUACCUUCCUCACUCCUGAUGAAAAUGGAAAUCCACAUUGGGAAGGCAAUUCUGAAGAGAUCCUGGAAGCAGCUGGAGGCAGCAUGGAAUCUCAGGGAAGGUCUGCGGGGCUAGCAAAAGGCAUGUUACCAAGCAUCUUCACCUUCUCAUCCUCAGUGGAUGGUGACCCUCACUUUGUGAUCCACAUCCCACACUCAGAAGAGAGAAUCUGCUUCACACUGGAUGGGCGCCCAGGGGACCUGCUACAGCUCAUAGACGACCAAAAGGCAGGGCUGCAUGUGCAUGGACAGUUGCUUGGGGCACCACCGAGGCCAGGCCACAAGAACCAGAUCCGCACCUACUUUCAGAUCAUCACAGUCACCACAGACAAACCCCAGGCCUACACUAUUAACAUCACUCGCAGUUCCAUAUCUGUGCGAGGCGAAGGUACCUUGCUUCUGUCCUGGGACCAGCCUGCCCUGCUGAAGAGGUCCCAGCUGGAGCUCCAUGUGGCUGCUGCAGCCCGCCUCACUCUCCGCCUUGGACCCCAUCUCGAAUUCCUAAUCCUCCGGCACCGCUAUAAGCACCCCAGCACCCUACAACUACCACAUCUGGGCUUCUAUGUGGUCAAUGGCUCGGGCCUUAGCCCCUUGGCCACUGGCCUGCUGGGGCAGUUCCAGCAUGCAGACAUCCAACUGGUAGCAGGGACUACAGGGCCACGCCUGCGGAGGCAGCAAGGCCCAGAUGUGCCUGUGGUUCUAGGCAAGAAGCUACUAAAGGACUCACCAAGGCUGCUGCCCCGCUGGUCCUCCUGUUGGCUGGUGAACCGCUCUCAUGUACAACAGCUGCUGGGACACCCCUACCUUGCCUAUGUCCUGUGAUCACCCCUGAACCCCAAUGCCAGGAAACCUGAGUUAGGAGAUCCAGAGGCCAGGGUAUGGAGUGAGCCAGGAACAAAGACCUAGGAACAUGAAAAUACACACAGAGAAACGCUCUCACACAUGCAUUAAAAGACACAUAUACAAAGACAUACAAACACACACAGACAUGCAUACAUAUGGACAUAGAGACUUAGGGAUUCCUGCCUCCUCACAGUUCCUCUUGUCUCCAGUAUCCACUCUCUUCAAUCCAUGCUUCAUACCAACUUUAGAGGUGACUUUCUUAAAUCUGACUGAGUCACUGGCCCUACUCACAAUCUUCUCUGGCUCCCAUGGAGUAUUUAAGGCUCUUGGAGUUCCCCUAACAAAUCAUGCUCUCUCCCAUCACUGGGCCUUUGCCUGUGUUUUUCCUUCUGCAUGAGAUCCUGUUCCUUGGCUUUAUGUAGGUGGAUUUUACACAUCCUUCAACUCUUGGUUGUCAUCUUCUCUAGAAGGCCUUCCCUGACCCCACUCCUAGGUAGAAUUCAGUCCUCGUCUGUGUUCUCAUAGCUCACCCCGUCCCAUCCAAGCUCACAACAUUUAUCAUACUAUGAGUAAUUAUCUGUUUACUUGUCUGGAUCCCUGACUUAGACUGUGAGCUCUUUGAGGGCAAGGACCUUUUCUGAAUCAUCUAUGUAUCCUCAGUGCCUGGCACAUAAUAGGUGCUUAGUAAAUAUUUGCUAAAUGAAUGAAUGAACAAAAAGAGAACCAAUGAUACAGCAGUAAACACACACAUAUACAUACUCACAACCAAAGACACAGGAUCACAACAAGGACACAGAUGUGAAUGGGGAAACAGUGUGAUAGAGACAUUCAGAAACACAAGGCUUAAGGAUCUCAAAACCAA